AUAUUUUAUUGAUAACUUGCUAUGCAUGUCUUCUGGCAUCUACUCGCUUGAUGAGACUCUUCUUUUCAGCAAUUUGCAGCUAAUCUUGCCACAAUAUAGAAUGGACUAGCUAAUGAGAGAAACAUGGCAUAGGAUGAAACUAUAGAGUGAAAGCUGACAAAUGAAAUGUGUGUUACCGUUUGUUUUAUGAAAUGUGUGAUAUAGUGUGCAACUAAUCAGUUUUUCUGUAAGGUGUGCUCUUCAAAAAAAAAAUUUGUACUACACUAUUAUGUCACGUUGUUGAAUUGUAUAGGUUAAGGUCGGACAUGAUGGGUUGGCUCUUAUUUCAAAAAACAAACGGAAGGUAGCAGAACCAUUGGACUUUUUCAUGACGUGGGAAUUUGUAUUGUAAUAACGGAAAGUUGACAUGGAUUUAGUCACUGCAUCCUAAAGACACUUCCAACAUAUGGUUGAUAAUCACAACGCCCCGUCGCGCGCGUCCUCUUCUUCCUUCCCUGCCCGCCCGCGGCCCGCCGUCAUGCGUGUCCUCCUCUGCCCGGUCACCGGCGUGUUCGUCGUCCUCCUCCGCCCGCCUUCGUGCGUCGUCGUCCUCUUCGGAUCCAAGGUCUUCAGCACCUCCGGCGGCAGAAGCAGGGGUGGAGGGGGCAAGGGGGGCGGCGGCGCCAAGCCAUCUCCCCCUCGCUUCUGCCGUCACCCUCCCCCCGCUACCUUCUCCUUCACCGGGGUGCUCCUCUCCGCGCGCCACCUCUUCAGAGCUCACGCCGGAGCAGAAGGCCGAGCUCGUGAUGUCGCUGAAGAACAAGCUGGAGGGGUUGGUCGUGCAGCACAUGGAUGUGCUCGAGAGUCUCACCCCCAAGGGAUUGCUUCCUAAGAGCCUAUUACAAUCCAUGUAUGUCUCUUUCCUGGCUGGCUGCUUCCGAAGAAGCACAUGGAUUUUCUCAGCACUAGUUCGAGUAGGAGAAGAGGAUGGUGCGGCACAGCAGCGCGCAGCGGAUAGAGGCUGUGCUGCGAACCAGCGAUGGGGCAUGGCAGCGGCGGCAACACCACAGUCUAUCAUCCAGCGUUCAUCUCCUUCAGAUGCCUUCUCUCCGGGUAUAAAGAAUUUCACUGUUUUGAUUGAGCUUGACUUGUUAGACAACAAUAUAACAGCGCUCCCAGCAGAGCUGGGAUUGCUUGAGCCUAACCUGCAAGUGUUGAAACUUGAUGGGAAUCCGCUUAUAAGGUAUCUGCCAAGGAGAUAUCAGCCCACUCUUGUGAAGGAACGUCAAGGGAUUGGAGCAGGUCGGCGGGAUGGAGGGCCUCCAUUUUGUUGCGCUGGCACGUCGCAUAGGAACGCACGAAGUCGUACACCACGGUCCUGUCAUUGUCGAUGAUGAAGUCCAACCGGAGGCGUUGCAUCGUUUUCUGGAUCCCAAUUUGUGCAUUGUUUAGAAAAAAAUGUCUAGGUACCUAAUUGGAGUAAAAAGGGUUACAUAUUUGGUGCACCUAAUUUGUUAAAUUCUAUUCCACAUUACUAAUA